AUGACUUCCAUGUCACCUAUCGCCUUUGAUGCUUCGGCAUCGUCAAAUGGUGGCAGUGUCUCCCCUCCUCAACAGACAGUGACUCCCAAGAACGUCGCAUUCGAAUUGAUGUUUCCCGAUUCCCCGCAAUACCGUGCGCGUCUGCCAAUGCGAGUGCAAAUAUAUCCCCACGAUACUACCGAUUCGAUUGUUACAACCGUUAAGAAUUUCUAUGGUCUGUACUCGGGUCCCACCGGAUCAAAGGGUGUCAGUUUUGAGGACAAUGGAGGAAACACCUUGAUCGCUCGAUAUGAGAAUUUCCAAGACCGCAUGGUAGUAUACGUCAGGGUUAUAGAGGAACCUCCAGCGAACUCAUAUGCUCCCCACCCCUAUCACGAUCCCUCUGUUGUUAGUCACCCUUACUAUAGUGAUAACGGCUAUCCUGCUCCUGCUCCUGUUCCUCAAGCCUCGCGCUGCGCACAGGAGACGUCCAGGCCUACUUCUCCUUCAUCGCGACGGCGAAGCCCUUCUCCUCAUACUGCUCGCGGCCGAAGAAGUGCUUCUGCCAGCACAAAUGGAAAGAAGUGUCGCUCACGCUCUUCCAAGACUCGCGCCUCGGCUUCGCGAGGCCACAACGAACUGUAUAGCGACAGCAUUACUACUGGUUACAGCAGCAGCAAUGACGAGCAUGACUCGACCUCUGGAAAGAACAAGGAUCAACUUCCUACUACUGAUAUCAGUGUUGAGAACAUUGUUGAAGGUGGUCGUCGCAAGAGAGCCAAGUUUGAAAGCUCGGAAUUGCCCUUGUUCGCACCACCUCAGAUGCCAGCAGCAACCUCGAACCCUUCCGUCUCUCCCGCUCGCCGUGUUGAGCCUCAUCGCCCUGCGGUGCCCUUCAUACAGCCUCACCAAAAUCCCUUCACGAACCCCCCUCGCCCUAUGCAGUCGCCACAGGGCUACAGCAAUGCUAUGACACAUUCAUCCCUUUAUUCAACACCCGGUCGCAACCGAAAUAGUGGCGGAUAUACCAGCAGCGCAAUGGGAAUUAUUCCUACUCCCGACCCCACUGUGGGUAGCUGCGUGUCUGAAGAGGACAAGGAUGUUGCCAUUCAACUGAUGCGGCUCGGUGACAUGUCCAAUAUCUCCCACGGCCGAACCUCCGCAUCUACAGUCGAUGAUACAUUCAGUGGCAUAGCCGAUGCUGCUUCCUCCACCGGUGCUACUAGCGAUGGUGACAGCGAGAGUGAAGCAGAAUUGCCUCCUCCUCGUCGCCAGAAGCUUGAUAUAUCCAGUGGAAAGGUCUACCAGACUACCGAGUCUCAUUUUAUGCCACCCCCUGAGAGUGCUGAAGUCAGUGGCGAUGAUGCUGACUACGAGGACGGUGCUGAUGACUCUCUUCUCUCCAAUGGCAAGGGUAAGCCCGCCAAAACCAUGAAGGCCCCUUCAAAGCACAAGAGCUCUUCCUCUGUCUCCAAGACAUCUUCAAACAAGGCCUCCAAGGCCGCGCGCCCCGUCAAUGGCACCAAGGGCAAGAAGCUUCCCCCUGUUCCCAGUGGCCCAAUGUCGCCUGCCUCGAUGCCCCCUUCACGAAAGCAGUCAGUAGCAUCCACCGGACAAACUCCCCUUGUUCCUGGUGAAGAUGAUCAACCUGACCUAUCUACCAAGCCGCGUUGUCAGCGGUGCAGAAAGAGCAAGAAGGGCUGUGAUCGUCAGCGACCUUGCGGACGUUGUCGCGAUGCUGGUCUGAACGCCGAUCAAUGCAUUAGUGAGGAUGAGGGCAACGGCCGAAAGGGUCGAUACGGUCGUCACAUGGGAGUGCCCAUCAAGAAGGAUGAGGUUCCCGCCGUUGCUCAGCCUGCGCUAUUACCCGCUGCGCCCAUCUCCUCCGCAGCAAUGACUCUGGACAAGUCCAAGAAGCGCAAGCGGUGA